AUGCAAAGAUUAGAUAUAUCUUCAAGAGCCUUCGUUCGCAAAUGCAGGAGCUUAGGUCGCGUGCGUAGAUAUCAUGACGAGUCAUUUGGGUUUCGUCAGGCUCGCGAGUUUUCUCUCCCAGACUAUUCACCUGCGCAGCUGCAGAAUCGUACGGAGAAUGCACCCCUGCUACGCUACGUAGACUCCUUGCGAACACAUGGGCACCGUGCUGCCAGUAUCGAUCCACUGGACUUUCUCCAGCGAGAGCGGGUUGCUGCACUUGAUCCGACACGCUACGGUCUCGUAGAUGAAGAGAAGAAGUAUAAUGUAGACGGCAUACUGUGGACUCAAGCCGUCGGUUCGGAAGCCGGACUGCCUGAAGAAGAUACCUGGUGGACUCUCGGGGAAAUCACAAGCCAUCUUAACUCGGUGUACACUGGUCGCAUUGCAUAUGAAUAUAUGCAUUCCCCGUCAAAGACGGAGCGCCUUUGGUUUUCCCAUCUUCUUGAAUCACGUCGUUCCCCUAGCGGAAAUGAGGCUUUCCCGGAUGUGAAGGCAAAGCAGAAGCGUAUUCACAGCUUGUUGGCUCGAAGCGAAACUUUGGAUAACUUUUUACAGCUUAAAUUUCCGAACUUGAAACGUUAUGGUCUCGAAGGUGGAGAGUCAAUGUUGCCUGCUCUAGAUGCACUGUUCUCCGCGUCGUCGAAAGUCGGUAUUCAACAUAUAAUCCUUGCUAUGCCACAUCGCGGCCGACUAAAUCUAUUGACGGAGCUACUUGAAUACUCACCGACUGCACUGUUCCACAAGAUCAAGGGGGGCGCUGAAAUCCCUGAAGAGCUAGGAGCUGAGGGUGAUGUUAUCAGCCAUUUGGUCGCGUUCCCUACGUUAAACUAUGAUGGUGCACAAAACCCUAUCAAGGUCUCACUGCAGCCUAAUCCCUCACACUUGGAGGCUGUCAACCCGGUGGCGCUUGGCAAGGCACGCGCAAAGCAAUACACCCUCUUGAAAACCUCUCCAAAAGAUUGCAAGCUCGGCGACAAAGUGAUGUGUGUGCAAUUACACGGCGAUGCAAGCUUUACAGGUCAAGGCGUGAUUAUGGAGACGCUAGGUUUGAGUAAUCUACCACAUUUCACGAGUGGUGGAAGCGUGCACAUUGUUGUCAACAACAACAUUGGGUAUACGACACCGGCUUCCAGUGCUCGUUCUUCGAUGUACUGUUCGGAUAUUGCAAAGAUGAUCAAUGCUCCUGUUCUUCAUGUCAAUGGAGAUCAUCCUGAAGAUGUUAUCCGUGCCGUGGAAACUGCUUUCAAGUAUCGGAAUUACUUCCGCAAGGAUAUUGUUGUUGACCUUAUUGUAUACCGUCGAUGGGGACAUAACGAACUCGAUGAGCCAGCGUUCACACAACCAUUGAUGUAUCAAAAGAUUCGUUCAAGGCGGUCUAUUCCACAACUAUAUGAAGAUAAAUUAAUUAAAGAGGGCGUGGUUGCACAAGAAGAAGCAUAUAGCAUACGGGCUAAUUAUAAAUCUCAUCUUGAAGAGCAACUCGGCCAAAUUUCUUCAUACAAACCAUCUGCAUCGAUGCUUAGUAACCAAUGGAAGGGAAUGGUGUGGCCUGCGAGCAAUGAGGCUAUCCGGGACCCAGAUACAGGUUUGGAGAAGGACAUAUUGAUCAAGGUCGGAAAAGCUAGUGUCGCGACCCCUAAUGGGUUUGAAAUACAUCCGCGCUUGCAAAGACAUGUGAAGCACCGCUUUCAAAGCAUAGAAUCUGGCAAAGGCCUGGAUUGGGCAACUGCCGAGGCCAUGGCGUUCGGAUCGCUGAUGCUCGAAGGCUGUGACGUUCGGAUAUCUGGACAGGAUGUGGGGAGAGGAACUUUCAGCCAUAGACAUGCUAUGUUAGUUGAUCAGAAAACUGAGGGAGUCAUUGUGCCUUUGAAUUCGGAGCUCGAGUCAGAUGGAAAGCUCGAGCUAGCAAACAGUUCUUUGAGCGAAAUGGCUGUUCUCGGUUUUGAGUACGGUGCAAGCUGGGAAAGGCCCAACGUGUUAGCUAUUUGGGAAGCACAGUUUGGAGACUUUUUCAAUGGUGCUCAGGUUAUCAUUGAUACAUUCAUUGCUUCUGCCGAGACCAAGUGGCUGAAACAAAGCGGCAUCGUGUUGCUACUUCCUCACGGACUAGAUGGUGCAGGGCCCGAACACUCUUCAUCUCGUAUAGAGCGCAUGCUCCAGCUGUCAAACGAUCGAUAUACGCAUAACAAAGAUGAACCUGCUAACGUCAACAUGCAUGUGGCAUUCCCAACUACACCUGCUCAGUAUUUCCAUUUGUUGAGACGCCAGAUCAAACGAAACUUCAGGAAACCAUUGAUAGUAGCAGCUCCUAAGACCUUGCUUCGUCUUCCGGCUGCGGCGUCUCCGUUGAGUGAUUUGGAAUCUGGUUCCCGUUUCUGUCCUGUUCUUGCCGAUCCUCUUGCAGACGAGAAACAAGUAAAGAGAGUUGUCUUGUUAUCAGGAAAGAUAUACUAUGACCUUGUUAAAGAACGCGAAGUUCAGGAACAUGUUGACGAUGUUGCAUUCGUCCGCAUCGAAGAAUUGUCUCCCUUCCCAUUCGCUGAACUUGGACAUGUGCUAGGGCGCUAUACCAACGCGAGGGAGGUCAUGUGGUUACAAGAAGAGCCUCGCAAUCAAGGACCAUACACGCACGUAUUUGGCAGGAUUCAGGAGGUGUUGAGAGAGUUAGGACACGAGGAGAGUGCCAGUGCCUUGGUAUAUAAAGGGCGAAAGGAAGGUCCAAUGCCUGCUCCGGGGAUAGCGAAGAUAUAUACUACACAGCAGAAGGACGUGAUAAACGCAGCAUUCCAAGGAUUGUAA